GUCUCCGGCCCCGGCCUAGUGUGCGGUCUACUACGCCAGGACUAUGUCGAGGGUACGGGCCCGCCUGCACCCGGCCCUAUUCCUGGCGGCGGUUUCUGCGCGCUGGACGACGACCGGGGUCGGGACCGAGCGGGGGUUAAGCGCGCGGCCGGCGCCGCAAGAGCCUGGCAUGGAGUAUCAGGAUGCUGUGCGCACACUCAACACCCUGCAGACCAAUGCUAGUUACCUGGACCAGGUGAAGCGCCAGCGAGGCGACCCCCAGACACAACUGGAAGCCAUGGUGCUGUACCUGGCACAGAGUGGGCUGCAGGUGGAGGACUUGGACAAGCUGAACAUCAUCCAUGUCACCGGGACCAAAGGGAAGGGUUCCACCUGUGCCUUCACUGAACAGAUUCUCCGAAGCUACGGCCUGAAGACAGGAUUCUUUAGCUCUCCCCACCUGGUGCAGGUGCGUGAGCGGAUCCGCAUCAAUGGGCAGCCCAUUAGCCCUGAGCUGUUCACCAAGCACUUCUGGCAUCUCUACCACCGGCUGGAGAAGACCAAGGACGGCAGCUGUGUCUCCAUGCCUGCCUACUUCCGCUUCCUCACCCUUAUGGCCUUCCACGUCUUCCUCCAGGAGAAGGUGGACCUGGCGGUGGUGGAAGUGGGCAUCGGUGGGGCUUACGACUGUACCAACAUCAUCAGGAAGCCUGUGGUAUGUGGGGUCUCCUCUCUUGGCAUCGACCACACCAGCCUUCUGGGGGACACGGUGGAGAAGAUCGCAUGGCAGAAAGGGGGAAUCUUUAAGUGUGGCGUUCCUGCCUAUACCGUGCUCCAGCCUGAUGGUCCCCUGGCGGUGCUGAGGGAUCGUGCCCAGCAGAUCUCAUGUCCUCUCUACCUGUGCCCACCACUGGAAGCCCUGGAGGAAGGGGGACCACCACUGACUCUGGGCCUAGAGGGGGAGCACCAGCGGUCCAACGCUGCCUUAGCCUUACAACUGGCCCGCUGCUGGCUGCAGCGGCAGAAUCACCCAGGCAUCGGGGAGCUGAAGACAUCCAGAUCCAGCCUCCUGCGGCAGCUGCCCCUGGCACCCGUGUUCCAGCCCACCUCCCACAUGCGGCACGGGCUUCGGGACACAGAGUGGCUGGGCAGGACCCAGGUUCUGCGGCGCGGACCCCUCACCUGGUACCUGGAUGGCGCGCACACAGCCAGCAGCGUGCAGGCCUGCGUGCGCUGGUUCCGACAAGCGCUGCAGAGGCGCCAGAGGCUGAACAGCGGGCAGGAGGUGCGGGUCCUGCUCUUCAAUGCCACUGGGGACCGGGACCGGGCCGCACUGCUGAAGCUGCUGCAGCCCUGCCAGUUUGACUAUGCCGUCUUCUGCCCCAACCUGACAGAAGUAUCACCCACAGACAAUGCAGACCAGCAAAACUUCACAGUGACAUUGGACCAAAUGCUGCUUCGCUGCCUUGAACACCAGCAGCACUGGGGCAACCUGACCGAGAAGCAGGCCAGCCCAGACCUGUGGAGGCCUCCCAACCCAGAGCCUAGUGGACCCACAUCCCUGCUACUGGCACCCCACCCACCCCACAGCCACAGCGCCAGCUCCCUCAUCUUCAGCUGCAUCUCCCAUGCUUUACAGUGGAUCAGCCAAGGCCGGGACCCUGUCUUUCAGCCACCCUGUUCCCCACGGGGUCUUCUCACCCACCCUGUGGCAGGCAGUGGGGCCAGUGUACUUCGGGAGGCUGCUGCCAUCCAUGUGCUGGUCACGGGCAGCCUGCAUCUGGUGGGUGGUGUCCUGAAGCUGCUGGAGCCUUCCCUGUCCCAGUAGCUGAGGCAGCGGGGUUGGAGGUGGGGUCUUCCCACACCUUCCCUGCGUUCUCUCCGUGAACUCCUGUACUAGGUGCCUUUUGUUUUCUGCUUUCCUGGUUCUGUCUACACUGACCCACAGACCUGGGCACAGGCGGUGGAAUAGGAGACUGGAGAGGGGAGGCUGGAGGAGGAUGUCCCUCUGUCUCUGAGCCUGGGGUGGCCUUGGCCUCAGUGCCCCCUCCAUGCCUUGGCCUCUCCCCCAAAUGUUUUCCCUCUUGGCUGAGUCAGCCUGGGGGCUUCCCAGUUUUCCCGCUAUUGUAGCAGGCCUGGAAGCCCAGCCCAUCUCCCCCCACACCUCGCUGCCUCCUGGCUCAGGCCCAGUGUAUUGUGUGAGCUGCCUGGUCAGGCCUAGGGUCCCUCCAGGUGCCUGUGAUGGAUUUCCUCCUUCCAGUGCCUUCUGAGAAAACGGAGGACCCCUGCCUGGGGCCCCCUGGGAACAGAGGGUGGCUACAGUAAAUUAAAGCCUUUGUUAUUUUUUUUUUAAGAAAUGACAGAACUUGUGACUUUCUUGACCUCUGUCUCCCUUAGCAGACAGUAGGGGAUGGGCUGCAGCUGGCACAGGAACUGGAUUGUGUAGGAGGAGCCCAGCCAUGUGGCCUGGGACAAGCCCCUCCCUCUCUCUGAGCCUCAGUUGGCCCGUCUGAAUAGGACUGGACGAAUAUGUCUUGACCACUUCCUACAUGCCAGGCACUGCUUUGCGGACCUCUUCGCAGAGACCUUGUGACUGAGGAAUUAUCAUACUCAUUUACAGAUGUGGGUGCUGUGGUGGGUUUAAAGUAACCGUGGGACUUGCCCACAGUCACACAGCCAAGUGGCAGGUCAGGAUUUGAACCCAGAGCUGUCAAGAGCCUGUCCCCAGAACUCCAGAGGCGGAAUGUCAGCAGGGCCUCCUGAUUUUUGUUUUCUCAUCAGCCCUGGUUCCAGAGAUUUGCUUCCAAGUGAGUGAGUAGCAGGGAGGAAGUGGGUAUCCUCCAAACCUACCAUAGCCUGGCUUCCUGCUGCUGUGUCGCCCAAGGAUGCCCCGUGGCCACCAGGCUGGCCCAGUGGGGGCUGAGGACAAGAGCAGCCCCAUUCUGUGUCCCUGGCCCCUCCUG